AUGCAGUGGUGCGGAGAAGACCAUCGAACGAUUUUGCUCAAGUCGCGUCGCGGGCGUCUGUAUCGUUCGAAGGACGGCGGCAAGACGUGGACGGAGAUCACGGACGUGCUGAAGCCGUCGGAGUCCAGCAAGGAGCCGGUGGCGGUCGAGUCGAUCAUGAUUUCGCCGGUGGACAAGAAUAUCGUACUGAUUGUGGGCUCGAAGCGGAACCACUUCAUCUCCGAGGACAGCGCAACGACAUUCCGCCGCCUCAAGUACAAGAGCACAAUUCACAACUUCCACUUCCACCCGACGCGGCCAAAGCUCGCGAUCUUCUCGGCUUGGACCGACGCCUGCUACUCGGGGCGCAGCGGCGACUCCGGCGGCUCCCAGGACUGCAAUCACCAACUCUUCUACACGCGCGAUCUGGGCCGAACCUUCAAACUCGUCGCCGACUACGUCGUCCAGUUCUCCUGGGGCGACAAGAAACUCGGCAACACGGACCACAUCUUCUUCACGCAACACCGCGGCCGCUCCGGUGACCAGCCGCGAUAUGGAGGAUGGUCGAAGAACGUCGACUUGAUGUACACGCCUGACUUCGGCACAACGGUCACGCGGCUGGUCUACCGCGGGAACAAGUUCCUUCUCUCGAACGGCUACUUCUUCGUCGCCAAGGUCAAAGACGCGGCCCGGCAGACCGUCUCGCUCCUCGUCUCGACAGACGGAGGCAAAUCCUUCCAGAUGGCGAAGUUGCCUGUAGAAAUCGAGGAGAGAAGCUACACGGUGCUGGACACGUCGGAGGACGCGAUCAUGUUGCACGUUAACCACGGCCACGACCAUAGCAAAAACACGGGGAACGUCUACAUUUCGGACGCGAAGGGCUUGCGCUACUCUUUGUCGCUGCCGAACAACAUCCGCACCAGCACAGGCGAGUGCGAGUUCGACAAAGUCCUGUCGCUCGAGGGCGUGUAUCUGGCGAACUUCAAAGACACGAUUGAGGACUCUGUGCCGGGCCUCGGGGGCCGCGCGACGGGCGCCGCAGCGGACUUAAGUCAGCCCGACCGCACCGGCGAGCGGCUGACGGAGGAGGAGAUCGAGGAAGAAGCUGAGGGUUUCCAAGUCGACCUCGAAAAGAAGCACCGCAGUGUGACCACGCGCAGCAGACAGGAGGAAGUCGUCAGAACCGUGAUCUCCUUCGACAAGGGCGGCGUCUGGUCCUACCUGAAGGCGCCGAAAGUCGACAGCCGCGGCCAAAAGAUCGACUGUCACCCCGACCACUGCUGGCUCCAUCUCAACGGCAUCACGCGCUUCAACGAAUUCGCCCCCUUCUACUCGGUCGAAAACGCAGUCGGCAUCAUCAUGGGUACCGGAAACAUCGGCAGCUACCUGCGCACCGAAAAAGAAGAGGCGAACACGUAUCUCUCGCGCGACGGAGGCGUGACUUGGAUCGAGGCACACAAGGGCGCGUUCAUCUACGAGAUGGGCGACCACGGCGGCCUGCUCGUCAUGGCUGACGACACCAAGAAGACGAACCAGGUGGUUUUCAGCUGGAACGAAGGCCAGAGCUGGUACGAUUUCGAGCUGGGGUCUGCGCCGCUCUUCGUGGACAACAUCGUCAUCGAGCCAAACGCCUCGAGCGUCGAGUUCCUUCUCUACGGCAAGCGGGAAGGCGACACAGCCGGCGUUCUGUUCCAUCUCGACUUUGGCGCGCUCAACCAGCAGCAGUGCAAGGGCAUCUGGGCAGCCGACUCGGUCAGCAGCGACUACGAGACGUGGAGCCCCUCAGACGGCCGCAGCGGAGGAGAGCGCUGCAUUUUGGGCAAGCACGUCACGUACACGCGCAGAAAGCAGACGAGCGAGUGUUUCAACGGCCGCGAUUUCGACCGCCCCAAGGUCUCGAAGGUCUGCGCGUGCACGAUGGAGGACUACGAGUGCGAGUUUGGCUUCACCCGCGCGAUCGGGUCCUCGCAGUGCGUCCCCACGGACGCGGCUGCAGCUGCCGCUGUGACGGCCGCUGGCCUCUCGCAGUUCGCCGACGACGCGGACGCCGCCGCGGCUGCCGCGUGCACUUCCUCCUCUUUCUUCUACACCUCGGCCUACAGAAAGGUUCCUGGCGACGUGUGCGAAGGCGGCUGGGUUCCGGAAAAGGUCGCCGUCCCGUGCCCCGCGCACUCUCCAGUGAGCAAGGGAGGGAAGACGGUCCUGCUGCUGCUUUUCGCGAUCGUGGUUGUCAUGGUGCUGAUCAACUACUUGGCUAAGACUGGAAAGCUGAAGAAGUUUUUCCGCAACGCAGGCUUUGACACCUUCGCGAACGUCUCGUACGGCCUCGUGGGUGGGGGCGUGGGGGGCGGCCCCGGUGGCUGGCUUGACCAGGAGGCGGGCGAAGGCCGCAGAGGGGGCGAGGAGCUCGGCGACCGCUCCAAAUACGAACCGGAGUUGGGGUUCAUCGACGCAGAACAGGAUGAGAACGAAGAAGACGCGCCGACCCUGAUGACUUACAGCAGCGGCUCGGGAGGCGCGGGCGCGUCUUCGCGGUCUCCGUCGGCGCCGCAGCCGCGCGCGCCGAGAUCGGCCCGUGACGAGAGCGACUUCGACUUCGAAGACUCGGGGCGCCCGCUGUUCCCUUCCCACGUCAGCUCUCGGGAGACUGGCAGCUCGCUGCACUCGCGCGGCGCAGGCGACAACGAGCCGAUUCCUCGUCUCGCGCCUCCACGCUUCGACGAGGAUAACGUCGAACUUCUUUAA